CUGGUGAAUUGAAAGAAAAAAGAAGACUUCCUUCCAAGCUGGAAGCUUCCUAGAUUCUUGUACAGUGGAGUCAUAGUUUGGAGUGGGGACUGCCUCGAGGCCUUUCCUGGGAACUGUAGUCUACACUGGCUAACACCUUUCUUGUUGGGGAUGUGCUUUCUGUGGUCAUCAGAGCAGUCGUUCAUCACGUUUGUGUCUCUUAUUUCCCUUCUCGCAUCAGCUGGCAUCUUCCAGGCCAUGUGUCUCCUGAUCUGUGCUGAGAUGUACCAAGUGUCCAGGCUGCAGCACAUCUGUGAGCUGUUCAUCAUCACGCAGCUGCAGAGUACGCCCAGCCGGGAGCUCGCCUCCAUGAGCCUCGACAUCGUCGACCUACUCAAGAAAGCCAAGUUUCACCACUCUGAUUGCCUCUCCACCUGGCUACUUCAUUUCAUUGCCACUAACUACCUCAUCUUCAGUCAAAAGCCUGCAUUUCAGGACCUUUCAGUGGAAGAACACAGUUUUGUUGAAAAGCACAGAUGGCCAUCAAAUAUGUACUUGAAGCAGCUUGCAGAAUACAGGAAGUAUAUUCACUCCCG